AUGAUGGACGUUAACAGCAGCGGCCGCCCGGACCUCUACGGGCACCUCCGCUCUUUGCUCCUGCCGGAGGUGGGGCGCGGGCUGCCGGACCUGAGCCCCGACGGCGCCGGCCCGGUCUCGGGCUCCUGGGCGCCGCACCUGCUGCGCGGGGUCCCAGAGGUGACGGCCAGCCCGGUGCCCACCUGGGACGCGCCGCCGGACAAUGCCUCCGGCUGCGGGGAGCAGAUCAACUAUGGCAGAGCCGAGAAAGUUGUGAUCGGCUCCAUCCUGACGCUCAUCACGCUGCUGACGAUCGCAGGCAACUGCCUGGUGGUGAUCUCGGUGUGCUUCGUCAAGAAGCUCCGGCAGCCCUCCAACUACCUGAUCGUGUCCCUGGCGCUGGCCGACCUCUCGGUGGCCGUGGCGGUCAUGCCCUUCGUCAGCGUCACCGACCUCAUCGGGGGCAAGUGGAUCUUUGGCCACUUCUUCUGCAACGUCUUCAUCGCCAUGGACGUCAUGUGCUGCACGGCCUCGAUCAUGACCCUAUGCGUGAUCAGCAUCGACAGGUACCUCGGGAUCACGCGGCCGCUCACGUACCCCGUGAGGCAGAACGGCAAGUGCAUGGCGAAAAUGAUUCUGUCUGUCUGGCUGCUUUCGGCCUCCAUCACCUUACCCCCGCUCUUCGGAUGGGCUCAGAACGUGAACGACGACAAGGUGUGCCUGAUCAGCCAGGACUUUGGCUACACGAUCUACUCCACGGCGGUGGCGUUUUACAUCCCCAUGUCCGUCAUGCUGUUCAUGUACUACCAGAUCUACAAGGCCGCGCGGAAGAGCGCCGCCAAGCACAAGUUCCCCGGCUUCCCUCGGCCCGAGGAGCCGGACAGCAGCAUCUCCCUCAACGGCAUGGUGAAGCUCCAGAAGGAGGUGGAGGAGUGUGCCAACCUUUCGAGACUCCUCAAACACGAGAGGAAAAACAUCUCCAUCUUCAAGCGGGAGCAGAAAGCGGCCACCACCUUGGGCAUCAUCGUGGGGGCCUUCACCGUGUGCUGGCUGCCGUUCUUCCUCCUCUCCACCGCCAGACCCUUCAUCUGCGGCACCGCCUGCAGCUGCAUCCCGCUGUGGGUGGAGAGGACCUUUCUGUGGCUGGGCUACGCCAACUCUCUCAUUAACCCUUUUAUAUAUGCCUUCUUCAACCGGGACCUGAGGACCACCUACCGCAGCCUGCUCCAGUGCCAGUACCGGAACAUCAACCGCAAGCUGUCGGCUGCAGGCAUGCACGAGGCCCUGAAGCUCGCUGAGAGGCCCGAGAGACCUGAGUUUGUGCUACAAAAUUCUGACUACUGUAGGAAAAAAAGUCAUGAUUCAUGAUCAAAAGUGGAAUAAUGAAAACGAAAUCAACAAGGCAAGACAGAGGUGGAAACAGAACUCGACCAUUUGCUGAGGCCACGAAUGGAGUGCGGCUUGUCCUUUCCUGGGGUGGCUGAGACGUGACAAGCAGGGUGAUCUGUUGUACAAAGCAUGUUGUGAGAGAGAUGGUGACCUCUUGUCUUUUUCUGUGGAUCAGUGCUGUUGUGUGCCAAAGAAAAUAGUUUUCUGUUUAAGACAGCCAGAUCAGCUCAGCGGUAAGCACACAAACAGAACUGAGUCCCAGAAAAGAAACCGUUUCUGGUGCUUUGCGUGCGUCCAAGCCCCUACAAAUGGAAGAAAGUUCCAAUGCGCACUUCCCAUGCUUCCAAGUCUAGGCAUUGUGGUGAAUAUUCAGGAAUCGUUCACGAGACAGAAUGUAUUUUGUGGCAGGACAGAAGGGUGUGUUUUUCCAAGCAAACUGUGGUAAGCGUAGCGUUGAAUGUGUUGCAUGUCCGUGUUAGAAAACAGAAUCCCGUCAUCAGCUAAUACAAAUGAUGUCCCAGAGCAGUGUCUGGUUCAAGCUUCUGUCAAAUAGUUUCGCUUUUUUGCAGGGUCCCUGUGACUUCCUCACCGAUGUACUUUUCUUUGUGAACUCUUGUAUUGUUAUGGUAUCACUCAGGAACAGAUCUCAGGAUGGAGAGAAUCAUCAAACCUGAAUAAAGCUUUUUCUUGUACUCACACUUCUUCUGAAGGGUUCUGAGAGGUGAGGAGGGUUCCUUCGGUAGGCUUUGUACCU